CAUAACACGUAACUCCAUUACCUUAUCUUUUCCAGACAAGAUCCUUCUCAAACCUCAUAAAACACCAAAACCCCACUUUGCUUCUUGUCCCAUUACCAUCUCUCUCUCUCUCUCCCUCCCCAAUCAGGUUCCUGUUUUGUUCACAUCACGACCCUCUCACCUUGAGUGUAAGGUCCAAGGUGGGUGAAAUCUCACUAGGCUUUUCGUCCUUACUUGAAGAGCUGAGCUCUAUAGGGUUUUUCUUUUGUUGAAGUGUAUAUAUACAUAUAUAUACAAAUGGAGAAAGAAGAGAACUACUCGGCCAUCCCAGAUCAUAACGCUUUCAAUGACCAACAUCAGCAUCACCAUCAGUUCAUAAGGUCACAAGUCGGCGAAAUCCCAGUACACCACGACAGCAGCGGUGGCGGUGACAAUAAUGGAAUGGUGGAUUACAUGCUGAGUCACCCUCCUCAACAAGGCCAUCAACAAUUGAUAUCUCCGCUUGGGUUCUCUGGCUCUGGCUCUCUUGAUAAGUUGAGCUUUGCGGAUGUGAUGCAAUUCGCGGACUUUGGGCCCAAGUUGGCCCUCAACCAAGCAAGUCACAACUCCGAGGACGAAGCCGGGAUCGACCCAGUUUGCUUUCUCAAGUUUCCAGUUCUGAAUGACAAUAACGACGAAAGAAGAAUCGAUGAUGAGGACGGAGUUAGGGAGGAUCAAGAAGCUACUCAGUUUCCUGAUAACGCUUCUGUGCAAUUGCAUUUUCUCGGGGAAGAAUUGCAAAGCAACAAGAGUUCCACGGCAGCGGAGGCCAGCAAGAACAAGAGGAAACGGCCACGGACUAGCAAGACGAGCGAGGAAGUUGAGAGCCAGCGGAUGACUCAUAUAGCUGUCGAGAGAAAUAGGAGAAGGCAAAUGAACGACCAUCUCCGGGUUCUGAGGUCUCUUAUGCCGGGCUCUUACGUACAAAGGGGAGAUCAAGCUUCCAUCAUUGGAGGUGCCAUCGAGUUCGUGAGGGAGCUGGAGCAACUCCUCCAGUGCCUCGAGUCUCAGAAGCGGCGGCGGCUCUACGGGGAUGGUGGCGGGCCGCCACCCUCUCUCCCUGUGCAACAGCCACCUCACCAGCCGCCACAGCCACAGUUCUUUCCCCCGCUGCCCGGCCUCCCGAACGACCCGAUCAAGGUCCCAGACUUCGACACUGGGCUCCAUGAGGAGACGGCAGAGAGCAAGUCGUGCAUUGCCGACGUGGAGGUCAAGCUCCUAGGGUUUGACGCCAUGAUCAAGAUACUGUCGCGAAGGAGGCCUGGGCAGCUCAUCAAGACUAUAGCAGCUCUAGAGGACCUCCAACUCAAUAUCCUUCACACAAAUAUAACCACCAUUGAACAGACCGUCCUCUAUUCGUUCAAUGUAAAGGUUGCGGGUGAAGCAAGGUUCACAGCGGAAGACAUAGCGAGUUCAGUUCAGCAGAUAUUCGGAUUCAUCCAUGCAAAUAGCGCGAUAUGAUUACGAUAAUACAUCAACUAGUAAGAGAGAGAGAAUUCGCAUAAUGAACGUUGCAUUAUUUAUUUAUCUUUUUCCAUUACAUUCUGUUGUAGUUUUUGUCUUUUGACGCUAGAAAAAUACUAGUGUAUUACAUAAUUGUACUGGCCACAAAUAAAUUAAUUACCUAUUUUGCCGUUUAA